ACACUGUCCCUCGCUUUUCUCCAGGGUUGCAAUCCUGUGUGCGCACUGACCGGGGAGCAAGUCCAUCUCAACUCAGCAGGCUUACUCCUGAGUUGCAUUGCUACCAGAGGCAUGCACUGCAAGCGCCCUUUGCUCCCUUCUGUGGGCAAAGAGCCUCGCGACGGCAUCGGUUGCUGCUACAGAGCAUGCUCCACAGUCCCUCCACAUCCGUCCCCGCCUUCUGAUGUGGGGGGGGGGACCCGCGAGGACGUUGCAAAGUCUCCUUGUUCGUUCGUUUUUCCUCUCCCCACCCCCACCCCCUUUUUUCCUUUUUGCAAAGCUGCGCCUGGCGCGCGGCUGCUGCGAAUCCGCGACGGCUGCGAUGAACCCGAGCGCCGCGACCGGCCAGCCUUUCGCCAGCCCCGUGCAAUUUCCAGGAGGCACCACUGUCCUGGUGGAGCUCACACCAGAUAUUCACAUUUGUGGCCUGUGCAAGCAGCAGUUCAAUAACCUAGAUGCGUUCGUCGCUCACAAGAGAAGCGGCUGCCAGUUGUCCGGCACGACAGCGGAGACCACCAGCACAGUACAGUUUGUAGCAGAAGAAACCGUGCCAGCGACCCAGACCCAAACCACAACAAGGACCAUCACUUCAGAAACCCAAACGAUCACAGUUUCUGCGCCAGAGUUUGUUUUUGAGCAUGGCUACCAAACCUACCUACCUGGUGAGAGCAGUGAGCCUCAGCCUGCCGCCGUUGUCACCACUACACCGAAACCUCGCGCCAGAAAGUCCGCCACACCAGGGGCGCAAAAGAAACUUAACUGCUGCUAUCCAGGCUGCCAGUUCAAGACAUCCUACGGUAUGAAAGACAUGGAACGACAUUUAAGAACACACACUGGUGACAAGCCCCACAAAUGUGAGGUUUGCGGAAAGAGCUUCAGCCGCAAAGACAAGCUGAAAAUGCACAUGCGAUCCCACAGUGGAGUGAAGCCCUACAAGUGCAAGCACUGUGACUACGCAGCUUCCGAAAGCAGCAGCCUGAACAAGCACCAGCGCAUCCAUUCAAACGAGCGCCCUUUCAAGUGCCAGAUCUGCCCUUACGCAAGCCGCAAUUCCAGCCAGCUCACGGUGCAUCUCAGGUCCCAUACAGGAGACGCUCCCUUCCAGUGCCGCCUCUGCAGCGCCAAAUUCAAAAUCAACUCGGACUUGAAGAGGCACAUGCGCGUGCACACGGGGGAGAAGCCCUACAAGUGCGACUACUGCGACGUGCGCUGCGCCAUGAAGGGCAACCUGAAGUCACACAUCCGCAUCAAGCACAGCAUGGAGAACGCCUACCGGUGCCUCGAGUGCGAGUUCCAGUGCGGGAACAAGACCAGCCUCCGGCACCACCUGCGCACCCACCAGCCCGAGCAGCCGGUGAAGUGCUCGGAGUGCAGCUACUCCUGCUCCAACAAGGCCACCCUCAAGGUGCACGAGAGGAUCCACUUCAAGGACCGGCCGUUCAAGUGCGAUUUCUGCAGCUUUGACACCAAGCAGCGCAGCAACCUCACCACGCACAUGAAGAAGGCGCACGGGGACAAGGUCAGGGUCAAGAAGAAGGCAGCCGAGAAGGGGGAAGGAGACCGGCCGAAGGAAGGCGGCUCCAGGCAAGUGGCCAGGCUGGAGGCCAAGAAAGCUUUCAAGUGCGAUCUCUGCGAGGCCUCGUUUGUCCGGGAAGACUCCUUGCGGAGCCACAAGAGGCAACACGUCGAGUACAACGGGGCGAAGAACCCGGAGCUGGCCGUUUUGCAGUUCCAGGUGGACCCCACGAGGCCAAGCGGCACCCCUAUUACCGUCAGCCACCUACAGGUCCCGCUGCAGGCUUCGUCGUACGGCAAAGGGCAGGUGAAGAUCAUCGUCGGACAUCAGGUACCCCAAGCCGGCGGUCUGGUGCAAGCGGCUUCCGUGAACAUUGUGCCGCCAGCCUUAAUAAGCCAGAGCCAAGAAGAUCUGUCUGGCAACGGCCAGUUGCAAAUCCUGCAGCAAGUGAGCUUGCUGGCUCCCCCUCUGCCCCCGGGGUCUCAAGCGGAAAGCAUUUCGAUGGGCCAACCGGCCGUGCUCCUCACAACCCACAGUCCAGCAGACAGAAGCACACCCGGCCAGACUCUGAUUCCCGACAUCCCCGUAGGCAGCCACGAGGCCUCGGCUACCCAGGCUUUCAUCAGCGGUGCCGAGAUCAGCUGCUCCGACUUGGAAGGACUCAAUGCUUUGAUUCAGGAGGGGGCUGGGGAGGUGACAGUGGUGAGCGAUGAGGACCAGAGCAUCACUGUGGCCACCUCGGUUCCCCCUCCGCCCAUCUUUUCCUCCCCUUCUCAUGCCGACGUGCCCAAGCAAGUCUACUCCAUUAUCCAAAGUGGUGCAAGUUUGCUUUGUCCUGCAGACUCCAUACCAGAUUAGUUCAAGAAGAGCGCAUUUGCUCAGCGCUCAGUUAGUACAUCAGAUUCGGCCCUGGAUCCAGAUUAGGCUGAUGAGUACAGAAGGCGAAGCAAUCCCUGGUGUCGUGCCGGUUCAUUGCUUCACUCCAGGGUUAGCCCAGCUGUUCUUGGACUAUAGCUCCCAUCAUCCCUGACCAUCGGCCAGACCAGCUUGGGGGCUGAUGGGAGUUGUAGUCCAACAAAGUUCUUAGGGCACCAUGUUGACUGCCCCUGGAUUCCAUGCCUUACUGCAAAUAGAGCCCCUCUUACAGAAUACAGUGGUACCUCAGUUCUCAAAUGUCUCCAUUGAUGAACGUUUCGGAACCCGAACGCCGAAAACCCGGAAGUGAAUGCU